GAUAAUUUCGCGAAAACGUUGGCGCUGUCAUCUGCAGUCAGCAACCGGAAAGAUAUAGGUUUGGAUUUUCUGGUUGGGAGGAUCUACUGUUUUAAUAUUAAAAAUUUGCUCUCACAAAGAAAAUGACGGAUCAACAAUUAGACUGUGCUCUUGAUUUAAUGAGAAGAUUGCCACCUCAGCAAAUAGAAAAAAAUCUUAGUGACUUGAUUGAUUUGGUAAAACUUUACUGUAAUUAAUAUUCAAAUAUUAAUUCUGCUAUUAACCAGCUAAAAAUAUUAAGUUACUUAAUGUUUGAUAUAACUUUUUUAUGUAAAUAUUUCAGAUCACCAUGGAGUAAUGCAUAUGAUCCUCCUCUGGAAGAUGGUGCAAUGCCUUCAGACAGGUUAAGAAAACUGGAAAUAGAUGCAAAUCAAGCAUUUGAUCAAUAUAGAGAAAUGUACUUUGAGGGUGGGGUCUCUUCUGUGUAUUUAUGGGAUCUUGAUCAUGGUUUUGCUGGUGUCAUUCUUAUUAAGAAAGCUGGAGAUGGUUCAAAGAAAAUUAAAGGUUGCUGGGAUUCAAUCCAUGUGGUAGAAGUGCAGGAGAAAUCUAGUGGUAGAAGUGCUAAUUAUAAAUUAACGUCUACAGCAAUGUUGUGGCUACAGACAAAUAAACCUGGAUCGGGUACUAUGAAUUUGGGUGGGAGCCUUACACGACAGGUUACAAUGGAUAAUUCAGUGAGUGAUGCUAGUCCUCAUAUUGCCAACAUCGGUAAAAUGGUAGAGGAUAUGGAAAAUAAAAUCAGGAACACUUUAAAUGAAAUAUACUUUGGCAAGACUAAAGAUAUUGUGAAUGGUUUAAGAACCGUGCAGCCUCUUUCUGAUCAGAGGCAGCAGGCAGCACUGAGAAAUGAUUUGGCACAAGCACUGCAGAAACGUCAUGGAAAAGGGGAUAAUUGAAAUUAUUUAAAAUAAUAAUUUAGGAAACAUUUGCCAAGCCUUUUGGCCAAAUAUUAAAAAAAAAGAGACUUUCUUACUUCAUGCAGUGAAGUCUGCAGUACAGAUGCAAUGCUUCAAAAAUAUUAAUUAAAUAAUUUUGCAUUUAGUUAAAGUGACCAUUACUUUUUCAUCUUUAAUGUUUUAAUAAUAAUUGUGUAUAAUUGCAUUUUUCUGAAGUUGGAACAAUUAUAUUCCAUCAGUAAUUAAAAGCUUUUCACUUUAAAUGGUGAAUCUACUGUAUACAGUAUUUAAAUGUAAAUUGGUUUUUCCAAUUUUUUUUCCUUCAAAUAAUUUUUUGGAUAUACCUGAGCUAUUUCUUUUGUAUUUUCAUAAAUUAAGUGAUUUAUCAUCACUUGUAGUUCUGUAAUAUAUAUAUAUAUAUAUUUUUUUUUUCUUUUAUAAAAUUUGGUUUAAUCUGAAUACAUGUUAUUCGUAAUUCGGGAAAUCUUUUCGUUAAUUUUAUAAUAGUGCUUAUUUCUCUGCAACUUAAAUUGUGAAAAAUAAAUGAACAAUAUUUGAAGCAGGUAAGAAGUAACCAGGAUUACACUUGGUCAUGUAAAGUAAAUUACUUAAUAAAAUUACAUUGAUUGAUGAUUGUUAUAUUUAGAAA